AUAUCACAAAGUGAUCGGUUCGGUGUUUUCUAUUGGAAUGUUUUCUUUUAAUCAAGAGGCAUGGGAUUCUUGGACACAGUAAAGACGACCAUGGCAUUAAAUCAAACCCUUGACAGGAACCUUACAAGAGCUCUCUAUAAUGAGUCCUCAACUCUCCUGGCCUAUGACUACGAUAUAUAUCACACCUUCUGUCCUGAAGCAGUGGCAGUCGACAAAUAUGUCACCCCUUAUACAUACGUCAUCGGAUUUCCAGGGAAUAUCUUUUCUCUUAUCAUAUGGCUCCAGCGUCGCAUGCGGAAUUCCUCUGGAUAUUACCUUGCUGCUUUAGCUUUUGUGGAUCUUUUGUUUUUGUUACUGCAAGUUGUCUAUGAACUCAAUGAAAAGUGGGAAAUCAAGUGUUUGGAUUUGCCGUUCAUUUGUGAAUUUUACCCCAUUAUUUUCUUGACCUCUCAAUAUCUUUCUCCAAUUCUUGUCUUGUCUUUCACCGUCGAAAGAUACAUUAGUAUUUGUCAUCCUUUUAAACGAGAAACUUGGUGCACGACAAGAAAUGCCAAAUUAGUGAUCGCUGGAACAACUUUAGGUUGUUUGUGCAUUAACAGUAUUCAAGGAUAUUUCUGGUCUUAUGACUCUGAGAACAAAACUUGUCUUCUGCGACAUUCAGUGAUUGAGAACGGGACGGAAUCCUUCUGGGCAAUAUGGACCUGGAGUGUGGAGGCGUUUGUGUUCCUUUUAGUACCGUUAGCUAUACUAUUUUUCAAUAUUCUUGUAAUCAUAGAAGGUCGAAGACUUUCUCGGUUCGAGCAGAGAACUCUCCAUACACGGACAUAUAGAAACUCAGCAACGACAGUAAUGUUGCUGGCGGUGUCCUUUUACCAAAUAUUUACGACACUUCCGGUGACCAUUGUUGUUACUUUGUACUAUACGUUUCCUCCCGGUGAUAUUAGUGUUCUACCCACCAUAACCGAUACAUGGAAAGCUCAUUUUCAGUAUUACUGGGCAAAAACUGUUAUUGAGGAAAUUGGACUUACUCACUAUGCAGGAAACUUUUAUAUUUACAUGUUAACAGGGAAAAUUUUCCGACAUGAGUUCAAAAAACUUAUGAAGUCAAUAUUCGGCGGACUAAAGGAAAAAUUAACUAACACUUUAAAAUCCGAAUAUUCCAUUGUGAGAACUGGUGGUGUCAAACAAAAGAGGGAAGUGAAAGUUUCCGUAUGUAAUGGGAAUGGGAAUCAUAACCUUUCUGUCUCAACUGAAAGUGAAGCCAUCCUUAGUCCACCAGAAACACAAGUGUGAUCUUGUAAAAGUUUUGCAAAAUAAACAUUCAUAAUAAAGUACAUGCAGUCUUUGAUGGUUUUUUAGUAUAUCAAAAAUGAUACAGACCAUUUAGGACUUUAAAUGUACUUGAUUUGUUCAUCUUACGAAGUAUCCUAGAAAUUUGAGCACAAAAAGAAUCCAGAUAUUGAACUGAUGGAUGAACGAGGAAAUUGACUGUCUGAUAGAAAUAUCUUCGAAUCAACAAUACGUCUCGAUGACGGAAGGAUGAAACAGAGCUUAAAAAAAUAAAAUGGUACAGGCAUCGGGAAAAGAUCUAGAAGCAACAUUGCUGGAAAGAAAGUAGACAAACAAAUUAAAGAGAAAUUUGAUGACUGUGGACUGGUAAUAAAAGAAGUGAUUGCACCUUUUGCUUGAAUUUAGGAUAAAAAUCCAUGGAAGAAGUUCAUCUCAUGAUUUCACCUUGAAAACCAUUUAUUUGAUCUUUGUAAAACAAAAGUGUUGCCAGUAUUUCUAUGUACCACAUAUGGUGAAUGUUUGUUUCUAUGAUGGUUAUUUACAAGUAAUUGUGUCAUAUAAUAUACAUUUGAUGAAACGUGAAAUCCUUAUCAGGAUGAUCAAUAUAGAACAAUUUGUCGUGAAUUGCAGAACAUAAGUCCCAUUAUAAGUAUCCUCAGAUUGAUAAGAUCUUGAUCUCUCUUUCCUUGUGUGUAUGUGUAAGUGGUAUUUAAAAUUCAGUUUCCGAUGUUUUGUGGUACCUAAUUCGUAAGAAAGAGAAAAAGAGGAAGACUUUUUACUAUUUAGAAAGAAUUCAUUUUAAUUAAUGACUUUAAAUAACUAUUUUUGUCAGGAAUAAAAUUGAAUAUUAGAAACAAACGUUGUAAUUUCUUUAAGAAUUUCAUUAUUUGUAAAUGCAAAAUAAUUAUGUUGCUUGUAAGUUUGAUGUUUUGAGUUUCAGUUAACUUUAAAAAACAUUUAUUUUAGAUGGUUUAUUUUCAAAUGCUUUUUUGAAUUUUAGAGUGUUAGUACAAUAACCUAAAGUUAUAUUUUAAACAAAUUGUUUUA